AUGCAUUUCCCUGUCCCUCCCGAGGGCGACUGGCUGACGAUAAUUGCUGAUCUGCAGCCCUAUGUCAAUCUGAACGACUUCUCAAAUGAGCUGGACAUUCUAGCUCUGAAAGAUGGUGUGCGCUUCAUCGAUGAUAUCCUGAUGAACGGCGAAGGAAUGAAAUAUAUCAUCGGAGAAGACUACCCUUGGCCCAUGCCACGGGAUUCGGAUGAAGAAAUGGAUCGGGUCAUUCUAGAUCGAUCGCAGACGGGUUUCCAUCCCUGCGGAACGACUCGACUGUCUCAGGAUAUCCAGCAGGACGUCGUGGACCCUGAGCUUCGAGUGCAUGGGACUAAGAACUUGCGUAUGAUUAAUGCAUCAAUUAUUCCUGUCAUCCCAGACUGUCGCAUCCAAAAUGCCGUGUAUAUGAUUGGAGAGAAAGGCGCCGACAUUAUCAAAGACGCCCAUCCAUCUUUGUACAAGGGCAGAAAGUAA